AUGGGAGUUCCAAACAGCUAUGGAGUAAUUUUUGCUUGCACAUGUGGAGUCAUCUUGGGAAUUGGACUAUGCGCCAACCUUCUUGUUUUUUCCUUGUUCGCCAAGUACAACACCAUCCGCAAGAACCGCUUAGAUAUUCUCCUCCUCAGCAUGACUUUAGCUGACUCCCUGAGCCUUCUGCUCAUCCCCUUCACCUUGCACUCCACUGUAAGCCACACUUGGCCUUUGGGAGACACCUCCUGCAAGGUUUACCAGUUUCUGCUGGCAUUCAGCCUGGCAGCUAGCACCUACUCGCUGUGUGCAGUGUCGCUGGCCCGUGCCAUGAUUAUCACCAACCCAUAUCAGCCCCCCACCAUGGAUGUGGUGAUCCUCAUGUUUGUUUUGGUCUGGGCUCUGAGCUUCUUCAUCAGCGUGCCUCUGCGAAUGUUUGCCACCAAGGAAAGUUUGAACCCAAGUUUGGCAAACUUUACCGUCUGCCUUCCAACCAUUCAUGAGCAUCACUACCAAGUGGUUCUGAGCCAGUUUGUGCUUUACUACUUUGUUCCAAUGCUGAUCAUCGCCUUCAACUAUGCUCGCCUGGCCCUCUUUUUACACAAGAGUCCUGUAAUGUCAGUGUCUAGUGCCAGGAACACUCGCAGAGCAUCUGUAAUGGUGUUUUUGGCUGCUACCACCUUCUCGGUGUGCUGGCUGCCUGGUUAUGUGCUGGAGCUCUGUGUGUACUUGGAAUUGUAUCGUCAAGGACCAGCCUGGGAUAUGUUCUAUUUCAUUUGUACUGUGCUUCAGUACUUGCACCCCAGCAUCAACCCUGUGCUCUACGUGCUGCUGUCGAAGCGCCAUCGCCACAGGAGGGCAGCCUGGUUCUUCAGCUGUAACAAGACCAGAGUACAUCCACAAAUCAUUAGUGUCACUACAGACACUCUUUGA